GCUCCGGCUGGAGCUGUGCACGACUUGUCAGCGAGCGGCCUGAAGUUUGGAUGCAGCGGACGCUGGGAGUUUACGAGACGCUUUGUUGACAUCGGGCCAGAAGAAGCGGAAGAAGGAAGGGUCGCUGCGUGUGUCGCCCGCCCGUACAGCAGCCCCUCCCGAAUGGCCUUCUGUCGUCCCUCCGGCGUCAGGCCGGGCCUCUACUGAUCCUCCGGAAGGGGGCAGCAGUUCGGACCCCAUGACAGGCUGAGCCGCUCCGGUCCCGCAGGGACUGUACAAGCCAAGGCACCUCGGACUUUUCCCCACUUCUCGUAGUCAGAGCUGAGGCCUGCGACAUGGCUGCGUCCCAGGCCUCCAGCGGCUCCAACCCGAGGAAGUUCAGCGAGAAGAUCGCUCUGCACAAUCAGAAGCAGGCCGAGGAGACCCGGGCCUUCGACGAGCUCAUGACCGACCUGACAGUGUCCCGGGUCCAGUUCCAGAAGCUGCAGCAGUUGCGAAUUGCACAAUCCCGGGCUCAGUACUACGGCGGCUCAUUGCCAAAUGUGAACCAGAUGAGCAGCAGUAUGUCUGAUUUCCAGGCUUCUUUUCAACAAGUGGAUAAUAUACGAGGUAUGAGGCACCAUGGGUUGGUGGAAAGGGUUUCGCGGAAUCGCCUGCAUUCCCCUCUACACAGACCCGUAGAGAAGCAUGGACGUCAAUGUGACAGCUCUCCGUAUGGAUCGGUUUAUCUCUCCCCUCCGCCUGAUAAUAACUGGAGAAGGCAGCAUGCUACCUGGAGUGAAGAGAAACGGCCAGGAUUUAGACUAUUGUCUGCUCUCAACAGAACGAACUCUGACUCUGCACUUCACACGAGUGCCUCGAGUACCAAAACUCAAGAUCCGUUUGUAUGUGGAAACCAACCUGCAGCACGCGCCCCCAGACAUCCUCAGCGCAACACAAGUUUACACGACGGGGAAAUAGACAACUUUGUAGAAGUUUUUUCAUUUCCAAAUGCGUUGACAGAAGAGAACAUGCUGAAUGUUUCCAAGCCACUGCCCAAACAGCUAUGGGAAGCCAAAAAGGUCCAGUCCAUGACAUCUCGUCCUCGAUCCUGUGAAGUUCCAGGCAUCAAAGUUUAUCCAUCUUCAGAUCCCAAUGCCGGCCUCUCGCAUUUCCAGGGGAACCUCAAUACUGGUGGAUCACUACCAGAUCUUACAAAUCUGCAUUUCCCCUCUCCUCUGCCCACACCGUUGGACCCAGAUGAAACUACGUAUGCCAGUAUGGGUGCGGAGAAUAGCACAGGGGGGCUCCCUGCUGCUAUGACACAUCUGGGCAUUAGUGGCUCUCCAGAUCACUGGAACUCCUAUGGAGUUUGUGUCACAAGAACGAGAGGUUUGCAGAACACUCGUAGCAAUCCAUCUAUUCAGGCAACACUGAACAAUAGCUCUAUGGCUUCUCCUGUAAACAACCACGGACCUCCAGCUGGCCGCUCUAACCCAUCACUUCACCCCUCUCUUCGCCUGGCAUCCCUCAGCAACCCUUCUCUCUCAACGGCUGCGCUUGGCAGUUCCCCAAGGCGGAGACACACUCCUGUUAGCCCACUGACCUUAACCCCAGGCAGUGAGUCAAAUAGGAGCAUAAGUGGACAGUUUUCACCCACCAGCCCAAUGAAUAUACCAACUAAUUCACAGGGUAUGUCUCUAGGGUAUGACAGGAAUCCACUCUCUCUUCCUCCAUUAGAACCUCCUCCACCUUAUCCUUUAUACCAAGAGCAAUCCCAACACCCAUUUCAACACACAGCGCAACAUAUGCAUGAAUCUAUGGAGUCUCCAAACUUUCAGCCUCCCUCACCUGUACCUUGUCCUCAUUUGGACUUAAAUUUGGCGAAUAGCACCCUAAGCGGUUUCUUCUCUGACCCUAUCUUCGAUCAGCAACAGUCCAUGAGACAGGGGAAAUGUCUGUGGCAACAGCAAGAACCAUAUGAUAUGUACGGGAGUCCCAGCAGUUCCCUUCCCAACAAUAAUUUCUUCGAUCCAAACAUGAACCUUCAGUAUUCCCAGGCAGCCAUGAUGGGACUAGGAGGGAGUCAUGGAAAUCUUCAAGAUCCUUUCCAGCUGAGGACAAGCUACUUGUAUUCCAAUUGCAGUGGGAGUGUUCCAAACAUUAUCCUUACAGAUGACUCGAGCAACAGCUUAUCGAAGGACAUUGGCAGUGCAGUUGCAGGAGUUUCCGAGCUGGGCUUUGAUACAGAUAAUACAUUUCAGUUGGAUGAUGAGCUGAAACUUGGACCUUUGAGCUUGGAUAAUCUGAGUAUGUUAAGUGACAAUGAAAUGGUCCUGCCUGACCCCACCAUAGAGGACACCUUCCGUUCUGACAAGCUGUGAUUCAGACUUCUUUUGGAACGUUGACUGCUGCAGUCGUUUCAUAGAAGAACAGAGAAGAAAACCUGUUCUGGCGGCAACUGAGAACAAAUGGCUUUGUUCCAGGCCUGUUCACUAUUUUAUGGAUACUAAGCAGUUGUAGUUACUUAAGGGUCUUUGACUUUUGAAUGUCUGGUCAGGUAGAAAUACUAAGAUACUGCUUGAAACCAAGCCAGUAAUUGACGUCUUGUAGAUAAGCACACAAGAUUCUCUGUGAAAAUGUCCUUGUAGAAGAACUGCCUUCCUACAUUUUUUAUGGUGAUGCACCAUUGCCUUACAUUUUUCUACCCUUUCACACUUGCAGCCGUUGUCAGAACUUAUUUGAAUCUGCUCAAAUUACGAAGGAUUAAGACUAAAAAAAGACUAACUAAUACAAAGAAAAAAAACUUUCUGAAUGGUUAAAACCCAGUGAUACAAAGUCAGACUUUGCUGGGGAUUCCAUAUUGUACAGUCUGGAACCACUGACCUCAAGACUUGCUGAUGGAUAUUUGUCAGGUUUAAAAGUCCAUUCUGCUUUGAACUUUUGCCAAAUUUAAGUAAGAUCUGGUAUAAAAGUAUAACAAAUCAUUAUAUAAUGUAGUGAGGUAAUACUGCAAUAGUGCCUUAGUCCUAGACACUUUCUCAGAAUUUAUGUAUCCAAUCGCUUUACACAGACGGUGAAACUUUGUUAGUUUUUCCACCGAUCAACUGUUUGGAAGUACCAAUUCAGAAAAUGUGCUCCAAAACUGCAUAGCUUUGUCUAUUGUGUCGUGGACAGAGCUGGUAACUAGCGAUGCUCCCAUUGAAGUUAAUACUGCAGUAAUCUGCUCAAUCCACUACUCAGUAGACGCAGAUGUCUAAUUACGACGCCUGUUUUCUGUGCCGGAGCUACUGCCAAACAGCUGAUCGACGGUGCUGGGUGUCAGACACCUGCCAAACUGAUGACCUCUCCUGGGGAUAAGUCAUCAAUUGUUAAAGCCUGGAGAACCCCUUUAAAAAUGAUAUAUACAUUCAUGUAUAUAAAUUCAUUGAUUUUAUACAAUCUCACUGAUUAAAGGGGCUGUCUCACUAAUGCAGGGGAAAUGUAGUAUUACAUGGCAGGCUUGCAAAUUCAUGGGUCGUCUACAUUGUCUUGAGCAAGAGAUGCCCUUAUCUAGCAGCUCUGUACUCUGGUGUUUAAAUAGGUGCCCCGUUCAAGUAUCACAGCAGGUGCCUGUUGACUCCCCGCUAAAUGAUGUUCAUGUAGUUCAUCUAACAGCUCUUUAUUUAGGAAUAUCAUCUUUUGUCCCACAGAGUCGUUUCCUCUUGAUUGCUUGUUCCCUUUGCCACCAUUUCUGGUUCUAACCCCUGUAGGACUACCAUAAGACGAUCCUGAGAUUACUAAGGAUGCUCCUCGUUCUGCUCCCUACUCGGGAACUUCAAACACAAGUGGUAUAGUGUAAAAUCACUACCACUUCUUCAUUAUACCUCAAGCUCAUGAAUAACAACAUGCAGUUCGUCAUGUUCCAGCCAAACCCUGGAUUUUGCCCUUACAGCUUCUUCUGGGUCAUACUCUUUUAGAAGUGAUUGUCCCAUUGUGUUCCAGAGUGCUUUUAUGAGAAGAAUCCUUGAUCUCAGGAUGGUCUUCUGGUUGCCCUGCAGGGAUGAGCAGCACUAUUGGUAGGAGUUGGGCACAAGCAACUAGGAGGAACAUACUGUGUGAAACAAAGAUAUAUCUAAAGAAGGAGCUGUUUGAUGAAAUAAUAUGUGAACGUUGUUGAGCGGUGAGGUGACAUGAUGUGGUUUAUUUUAAAUGGGGGGUACUGAGCAUCCAUAAGAAAUGCAUACACCCCGUGAGUCUAAUAGAUACUGAAAAAUAAUCCUAACAGAAUUGGUACAGUGACAUCAGGUUAAAUGCCAAAGAAUUGAUUGGGGUCUGCCAUGAUUGUUCGCUUUAAACAAAAUCAUGUCAAAAUGUGGAACAAAUGCUAGUGUGAACACAGUCCACAGGCUACCGGUACUGAACUUCUUAUUUUAGCAUGAACUGUUAGAUAAUUAUCAAGAACAGGAAUAGUAUGAUUCUUUAGGGUUACUCUUAUAGUAGAUUCUGUAUUUUUUUGGGAUGCCUUUACGUGCCGUAAAGAUUUUGGUGCAAAAAUUUCUGCAACUGAGUCAAUCCGUUCCAUUCAUCUGAAUGGGGGAUUCAGAAAUCCAUAUGCUUGCUGCCAAACAACUCCAUCUAAAUGUCUAGAACUCAUUUUUGUCACAGAAACUUCUGAAACAAAAUCUGUCAUGUAUUUAGGCACUCUUGGUAUCAAAACCUUUUCGUUUGGGUUCGGCCUAUUUCACACGAGCCAUCUUUCCAUCUGCAUGUGGUCCGUUUUUAUAACAGACAGCAUCCGGACUGAACCCUGACCCAGGGUAUGUGCACAUGAGCAUAGAUUUUCACUAACCAUCUGUCCGUUCAGGAAAAAUCGCAGCGUGUUCCAUCUUCAUCAGUUUUUUUACGCAAGCCUGGUCCAUUAAAGUCCAGUGGAUCAGUGAACAAAAAAGCUGAAGCACACUGAAGGACUUUCCGUUUUUUGCUGAUCGUUGCUGGAGAUGCUGAGUGAUAUUCUUCAGUUUUUCUUCAAGUACAUGAAAACCGCAUCAAAAAUUGAUUGCAUCCACGUGUAAAAAAACACAUGAACUUAGCAGAGUUGCAGACUGAGCAAACUGAGCGGAAAACGUCCCUAUAGCUUGUGUGAAAUAAGCCUGAAGUUGAUUACAGUUGAUGGUGCAUUCAAUAGAAAAUUGUUGGACACUUUUUGAUCUUUUCUUACAGCCAUAAUCUGAAUUGGAUACAUAAAUGUGGAUAAGUAUGAACUGGUUUCUAGAUAUUGAUGAGCUAUCCUUUGUUUUCAGCAGCCACCAGCGCCAAAAACAACACUGUCAAUAAAGCCAGAGGCAGAAGGCUCCGACCACUCUGUAGUCAUCUCACCUCCCCUUCAGUAAGCCCUCUGCUCCUGGCUCUGUCCAUGGUUUUGUUUCAAACACCAGCGGCUGCCAUAAAGACCUUUUCAGUGGGCAAUUCCACUGAUCUGAUAUUGAUGACCUAUCCUGAAGAUAGGUCAUCAAUAUCUUGAAACUAGAAAACCCCUUUUAACUCUACAAGAAAAGAAAAAAAACACUUUCGGGUCCAUUCACAUGUCCGCAAGUGUUUUCCAGUCCUCAAAUUAUGGACCGCACAUGACCAGCACUAUGAUAGAAAUGCCUAUUCUUGUCCGAGGCUGCGGACAAGAAUAGGACAUGCUCCAUCUUUUUUGCGGGGAACUACAGAUGCGGGGACAGUACACGGUGUGCUGUCCACAUCUUUUGCAAUCCCUUUGAAAUGAAUGGGUCCGCACCCAUUCAGCAAAAUUGCGGAACGAAUGUGGGCCCAUUUAUGCGGACGUGUGAAUGGGCACUUAUAUGAACAAGGCUUAAAGGUUACCGUACUUUUUAUUGCACCAUUAGUUAUAAUCGAGCUGAUCAUAGUAUUCAGUUAUGGCACCUACCAAAAAAUCAGUUAUCACAGUGUAAUUCGUAUUUAAACCGCUCUCAUGAGUGCCUGCAUCUUACUGAAAAGGACAUGAAGGCAUAGCAUCUUGAGCACAUUUGGCAGGCAGCUGUUUUCAUUUAGCAUUACUGACUGGCUUGACAAAUGCAGACUGACAGUCCGCUUCUCACUAGGCCCCGCCGUCAUGUCCUUUUCAGUGGGAUGCAGGCCCUCAUGACAGUAGUGUUUUAAGGGUACGUUUAAACUGCCAAAACUCCAGCCAGUCUUCUCCCUGCACCCUCAGCGGAGGGCAGUAGGAAAACCUUUGCCUACCUUUUCUGAGUUCUUGGUGAAAGGUAAAUUGGGCGAAAAUCUCCAUGUCAAUGCACCCUGAAUGGUUCUGAAAUCUUCAUAGUCUUAACAGGGGCUUUUCUGUUAUGGUUUAUUGGCUGCAUUAUUGUAUAUAAAAUGUAUUAGGUACUAAGACAUGAGCAGAAGUAAAUUUUCAUUUAUACAGAAAUAUGAGAGUAUAUCCAAGCAAACAGUAUCGAGUAAGAUUAAGACAAUCGUGAUACAAGGCCACCUGCCAUGUUGGUGAACCCAGCGAAGCUGUAGGGUGUGACCAACCACCACCGGUAGGUCAUUGCUGGGACCAAGGAGUCCACUUACAAUAGACUGAAGCUGCCUUUGGCUUAAGUGCUGUGGCUUUUUCAUCUUCAGAUACAUAAUCAAUACAACAAACAAAAACACAUCUUACCAACCAGUGACAAAGCCAAGUAGAAUUUUUAUUUAAAAUAAAUGAAUAUAACUUAAUAUAUUUGUAACUUAAAAACAGCCAUAUGAGAAGACGUGACUUUAUAGGAGUCAACAAAAUGCCUACCAGAUUUAUAACUAAAUUAGCGAUGUGCCGUGUAGGAGUUAGUUGCCCCAGCCUCUCAGGUUUGGUAUUCUUAGCGUAGUUUCUACAAUUCCCAUUUUCUGAUGUCCCUAGUGCCUUAGGUAAAACUGUGUAGAUGUGUUCAUAUUGCACAUUGUGCCCUUUGCCAUAGUGAGAUUUGGCUGCUGAAAUGAUGUUUUUCAGCACUUGCACUGACCGUUUUUUUAAAGUUCUGAAUGCUGACCCAUUUGCCACCAUAUACAGACUUGGUUCAAUUCCUCCUAUUAUAUAGUCCCCACAGGUGGGUCGAUGCAUACAAUGUGUUUCUUGAUUAAACAAAGGGUCCUUUUACACGGGCUGAUGAUCCCGACCAUUGCCCCCAUAUAAACAGUUGUUAACAGCACAUCAUCUUGUUUAAGAAGGGGCAUGCUGCCAACACGAUCGCAUGAACGAGCCAGCGAUUGCUCCGUGCCAGUGGAGCUAACCGUGCGCGGUUUAACAUGCCGUAUCAUUGAUCAGUGCCCAUUUCUGGGAAGAAAAUCUUUCCAUGUAAAAGGACCCAAAGUCACUGCUCAAAUACUUAUAAUGCAGUAUACAGUAAGGGCUAUACCACCCUCAGGACAGGUUCUUGUGACUCUUUAAUAAGAGCCUUGUGGUUCAGCUUUUUAUCUUAAGCUUUGGGUGUUGCCAAAAUUAUUUUCAAAGAUAUGCAAGACAGCUCCCAAGCCUGAAGACAGUGGAUUACACAUGGAAGCCACCCAGGCUUUAAGGGAAUCCCUUACAGACAUUGGGAUGUUAACAAAAAACUGCGUUCUCCUUGCAGAGGUGGUGGGGUGGGAAUGCUCAUUUAUAAUGUACAAGUCUUAUUUGCAGAAGUUUGUAGAUACAACACCGACCCCACUGUCUAUAAAGCGCUGUAUUAAUACAGGGGGCAUGCAUGCUAUGUCUAUUAGAUGUAGGGCAUCGUUGGAGGGGAGGGGGUUUAAAAUGAGAUAUAUAUGUUUUAUGUGUGCUUGUAGGAUACAAAACUUCUACUGCCAACCAGAUUUUAACUAGUGGUUCUCUGUGUUUUAUUCUGCUUUUAUAUUGUUUUUAUCAUGUGAAGUAGAUUGUCCAAGGGGGCAUACGUCUUGGCAUUUUCUCUAUGCUACUUACUUUUAUAUGGUAAGUCCGUUUUCAGACACUUUCCAUGUGCAAGAUGGCCCUUUUAAGAAGAGGACCAAGAACAAAACUGGUCAACAUCUGGGUAAAAGGGAUUUCCGGUUUCUAGAUUAAGCCUUUCCUUCUCGGAAGCUUGGCAUUUAGACUUUAUGACGAGAAAACGUGCACUUAUCAGAGGUGUUUUUAAAAGAGAUGUUUUAUUGUAGAGAUUUUGUAUUGUAAUUAAGAUGGUUUAGUCUUUCAAUAUAUCCUAUUGCAGUAAUUUAUCUUUAAAUAAAGUACAUUUCUGUUAGUCGUUGAUAGAAGACCUGUCCACAGUCUAGCAAUGAUUUUAUUCAUUCUUAGUCCGACAGCUAUUUAUGCAUAUGUUUUUCUUAUAUUUUUUUAAUGUUGACGUCAGGCAUUAACCAGCUCUUUACCAAAGGGAUUGAAGGGCUGGUUGUAAAUGAAUCGGUGAACCUUGUGCAGCGAUAACACAAGUGCAGGUUACAUCAUAUUUCAUACACGUUAACUGUCCUUGACAUUUUCCUGUUAUGACUGCUGCAUUGGGCUGUUUUGGCUUCCUAUUAAUUAACAUAAUAUAUUGGAUUCGUCCCAAA